CAAAGGUUGGCUUAUUGUUUGCAAAUGUUCAGUAUCGUCAGUCUGGAAAUGGAAGUGUUACUGGAACGUGGUGAAAAUGUAGCCGUGAGGCGACCCGUGCUAGGCGAAUCGACAAUCGCUGAAUUCUACUCAGGAAUUAACGUUUUGAUAACUGGCGCUACCGGAUUUUUGGGUAAAAUCCUUCUCGUGAAACUGCUAACAUCGUGUCCGAAUAUCGGUAAAAUCUUCCUUCUGGUACGCAUGAAUAGCUAUUCCAAUGUCGAAACGAAAAUGGAGGAUUUGGUGGAUUCACCGAUCUUCGCCGGUUUAAGGGACGGUCGCCCGGAAGCUUUGAACAAGGUGGAGUUCAUUCGAGGUGAUUGUCUGGUUGCCGACAAUUGGGGUAUAGGAGACGAGGAUUUGCAGAAGAUCGUCGACGAAGUCGACGUAAUCUUCAACUGCGCUUCUAGCAGCCUCUUCGAUAUUAGCUUGAAGCAAUCAGGGGAAAUCAAUGUUAGAGCUUUAAGCGAUUUUCUGGAAAUUUCCAAAAGGAUGAAGCAUCUGAAAGCCUUCGUUCACGUGUCCAACGCCUACGUGAAUUGCAAUGCCGGUACCCUGAGUGAAUCUUUGGCUAAGCCGUUCAUUUCCGGCAGAGCCUUAAUCGAAUUCGUCCAGACAAUGGACACGGCUCACGUCAGCAACAGCACGCCUAUAGUUGUAGGGAAAUGGUUAAAUAAUUAUAUAUUCACCAAAUCUAUCGCUGAAGACAUCAUCAGGAAGGAUGGUAAACUGUUACCAAUUGCUGUAGUAAGACCAGCGAUGCUAAUUUCGAGCGCGAAAGAGCCCGUCCCCGGUUGGUUGGAUAACGUCAACGGAGUGACCGGAUUGAUCAUGACCAUCUACCUAGGUUUGAACAAAAGUCUCCUCGUGCAAAAGAAUGUACGCGCAGAUGUUAUCCCAGCAGAUUAUGCAGCAAACGCCUUGAUAGCAGCCGCCUGGGAUAUCGCCAAAACCAAAACCUUGAACGAAAACAGCGAAUAUUUAGAAACGAACGAAUACGUUCCAGUGUACAACUUGGUCGGUUCUAAAGAGCAUCCAAUUACAUGGGGAAGACUGUUCAAACUCGCAUCGAAACACGGAAAACUCCUGCCGACGAUUUACACUAUUUCCUAUCCAUGGUGCAUUUUCCACGGCAACAAGCGGCUUCACAGCAUUCUGGUUGCAGUUUUGCAUUACAUACCUGCUUACCUCUUCGACCUUUUCGGAUUCUACUUUUAUGGGAAGGCAAGGUAUUUGGGAUAUUACAAUAAAGUUGAUAUGCUGUCGAGAAGCCUCAAGUUCGUGCUGAUGAAGGGUUGGGAAUCGAGCGGCGAAGCAACGAAAGGUCUUUGGAACAAGCUUAGCGCCACGGACAAAGCUCUCUUCGAUUUCGACAUGGACAGUGUGGAUUGGGACAGCUACUUCCAGUCCUACAUAGCUGGAAUCCGAAUGUACGUGCUCAAGGACACGAUGGACACCCUCCCGGAAGGAGUCCAGGCGUUGAAGUCGUCGUUCCUGUGGAUGCUCGCUACGUUUGGAGUAGCGCUCCUCUUCCUCUUCCACCUCUUGAUUCUUUGAUUCGGAAAUGAUCCAAUGCGAUAUACAAAUAAAGAAGGUUGCAUGUCGA